UUAAAAGAAAGAGUGAGAGACUCAGCAGCUCAAACUGGAGAUACAGACGGAGAGAGAAACAUUCAGAGCUUCAGACGCCUGCAGAGAAGAUGGAGAUGAAGAUGAGCUGUGUGUGUUUGGUGCUGGGGCUGGUCCUGCUGAUGACCAUCUCCUCAGAUGCUGAGCCUCAUGGUGCUGGUCAUCCUGUUCUGUGCUGUUUCAGCUUCAGCAAUAUUAAAAUUCCACCCGACAUAAUCAUAAAAGUUGAAAAAACACCUUCUGAAUGCCCAAAGCCAGGCUACGUGGUUACUACGUCCAAGAGCAAGUUCUGCAAGCACGAAAUAAAUGGAUUGGCAUCUUGAAUGAAGACUGGAUUUCAGUGCUGCAGCUUCUAUGUAACCCAAAUGCAACAUCCAAAGUGCUUGAAAAGUUGAGAUGCUCCUAUAUUUACCACAUUGUUUGAAUUAAUUAAUGUAUUUACAUUAUCAAUUAUCAAUGCUUUUUAAUGCUGUGGAUCCAAAUAACAGAAUAAAAUCAUGCAAAUGAAUCA